AUGUCAUCGCAACCACUUCUCCAGACAGCACCUGGUACACACCCCUCAUACGAGCUGCCCGCGACCAGUCGGUCUCCAAUACUGACUCGAUCUGUUCACNNAGGCAAGCGCAUCGCCCUGCCCACUCGCGUUGAGCCCAAGGUCUUCUUCGCCAAUGAGCGUACUUUCCUCAGUUGGCUGAACUUCACCGUCAUCCUGGGCGGUCUCGCCGUCGGUCUCCUCAACUUCGGCGACAAGGUUGGCCAGAUCUCUGCUGGUCUCUUCACUCUGGUUGCUAUGGCCACUAUGAUCUACGCCCUGGUCACCUUCCACUGGAGAGCAAAGAGCAUCCGCAUGAGAGGCCAGAGCGGCUUCGACGACCGCUUUGGUCCUACUGUCUUGGCCAUUGCUCUGUUGGCCGCUGUCAUUGUCAACUUCGUCCUCCGUGUUACUGGAGCUGGUGGCAGCCACAAGUGA